GAGCUCAUUCGGCAUUUCCGGUUUUGCUGCUGUCGCUGCGGAGUCGCUGUAGCCAUGUCCGGACGCGGGAAGCAGGGCGGCAAGGCGCGCGCCAAGGCCAAGUCGCGCUCGUCGCGGGCCGGGCUGCAGUUCCCCGUGGGCCGCGUGCACCGGCUGCUGCGCAAGGGCAACUACGCGGAGCGCGUGGGCGCCGGCGCGCCGGUGUACCUGGCGGCCGUGCUGGAGUACCUGACGGCCGAGAUCCUGGAGCUGGCGGGCAACGCGGCCCGCGACAACAAGAAGACGCGCAUCAUCCCCCGCCACCUGCAGCUGGCCAUCCGCAACGACGAGGAGCUCAACAAGCUGCUGGGCAAGGUGACGAUCGCGCAGGGCGGCGUGCUGCCCAACAUCCAGGCCGUGCUGCUGCCCAAGAAGACCGACAGCCACAAGGCUAAAGCCAAGUAAAUGCUUGGUGAGGCUAAUCACGAAACAAAGGCUCUUUUAAGAGCCACCCACGUUCCUCAUAAAUGGCUGAUUCACUGCAGUUUUGCUUAUCCAGUGAAAAGAGGCAGGAAGGCGUAAGUUGUCAUCUCUCCAAUUCUAUUUAUGUUUUUUUCUGUUUCAGUGUCCCUGUUCUUGUAUGAGGGUUAUCCUAAAGCUUGUUUCUUUUUUUCUUAAAACACGUAUGUUUUUAUAUCUGAGGUGAGUUUUGGUCGAUUUUGCCUCUUUGUAAUUUCUUAAUUGAUUAUUGUAUUGACUUUUUCAUUUGUUAACUGUGGGAAGGGGGGGUUUUAUAAUGGCGUAAACAUCACGUGUCCUGGCCGGCUAGCUCCGUGUUUGCUGUUAUUGCUCUCUUUGGUACGUUCUAGAGGACAACAAUAAACUCUUAGCAGUCUGGAUUGCUUUCUUUAAGAGUACUAAAUGGGAGCUAAUCUCUUCUGCACCUUCAUGUUUUAGAGAAAAGGGAGUGGGAUGGGAAGCCGAACUCGCAGACAAAUUAAAAAAAAAAUUCACACACACACACAAAAAAAGGCCUAAACUGUGUUACGCAGUCGUGGCAGUGACUUUAACAAAAGGUUGCUCAACAGGAGGGGUGUUCCUAGCCUCAGGCCCCUGACUGAUCUACUUUUGCUGCUUUUUAGCGCUCAUGUGUGAGUCUCAGCGGCUUUCCGUGGCAGAGCUGUGGAAUACCAGGGAAAGGUUUCAGGCAGGGAGGAGCUGCCAGUGCUCCCAAGGAGCCCUCUGGAGUGAUGUGCCACUAUGUUGGGGGUCACUGCGUUACACUGGAACAGAGCACGAUCGCUUUUAAUUUCAUUUUUCUGGCACUGAUCACUGCAUCCACACCCUGUUCUCCCAGGGGUAUGGGGAGUUUCGAGCCGGCACUCGGUUUUGGGAAAAAGCGAGUCAUUCUUAGGAACAGCUGCUGCUCUUACAUCAGGUCACAGUGUUGCUUUAAAGUUAAAUUCUCUGGUGCUGCCCUGCUGGCUGCCGAUUUCUUUCUGGCUUUGGCGUGGCUCCUCCUGGCUCGUUUUUCCCUUAGCAUCCCGUGCAGGCUCUGGGCUUCAGCAGCCAGCAGCUCCUUUGCCUCAUGAGCCUCUCUCUGCCUUGCAGCUGGUGGCACCGCAGCAACCGGAGCAGUGUUUAACAUGGCCAUGUCUUUCCCCAUCCCUGUCCUCCAGUACAGGAAAAAAGAGGUGUGACUUUAACACCUUUGACCUGAUUAAUUUAAUUUUCCUAAAAGUGAGUUGGUGAUGAAUUCACCCUUCCACAGGGGAAGGAAGUCUACACUCCCCUCUGCGCCACCUUGUUCCACAUAAUGAGACUGCCCGUUGCGUAUUGAAUUGUCGUGAACAAUGGGAAAGACUUCUAAGAAAAAGCCGUGUGUGCGUCAUCUCGAUGAUGUGUGAACACAAGAAUAAAGUUCUAGUUUGUAGGCACUUCCAACUGAACAAUUUUAUGGUUUCUUUCCCUUAGAAAAGAAUGCUCUGAUAUUAAGGGUACAGUGGUAACAGCCAAGAAGCUAUAAAAUUAAUAACUUUUAUUGUAGUAAUUCCUCUCCUUUUUUUUCUGCUAAAGAAUGUGCUCGGUUAUUGUGUAGUUGUAGUUUGGAGUUACUUACAUGGGAAAUAAAGCCAUAAAUUAAAGACAGGGCUACAUGAGGUCUAAAUUAUCAAGGGUUGCAGGACCUCGAAUGUAUAUUGCACAGCCAGACACUCUUGUGAAAAUGCUUUAUAGAUGUGGUUUACCAAAACCUGGAUGAGUGAGCAGAACUGCUUUGAAAAUAAAUGCAUUUCCCAACAGUGAACACCGGCAGCCUCCUUUGAUCGGCACAGAUGGACUUUGACAAAAACUUGUUUUUGCAACAGCAGAAUGGGAGAGGAAGGUGACAAUAGGAGCACUUAUCGGCUCUGACGGGACAGAUGUUCGGCAGGGCACCGCCAACCCCCCACGGUGCCCGGUGGUGCCGCAUCCCCUCCCUCUCCACCACCCCCGCCCGUGCUUUAGGGAAGGAUUUCGUGCGCAGGUUGGAAAGGCGGGAUUCACUGCGCUCCCGGACUGACCAGCUGACUCUGCGAUAAAACAAGGAAUCAUAUUUGAAUUUGUGGUUGGUUUUUUUUGGUUUUUUUGUUUUUUUGUUUUUUUUUUUUUUUUUUUUUUCCCAUUUGUUGUGAGUUUUGUGAUUUUAUCCCAGGAGUUGAAUUUGGGGGCGUUAAGGAGGAGAGCUCGGCUGAAGCUGCGUUUUCCCCUUGCUGCAUAAAUACAGCGGUGGGAGUGUGGGGGUGAGUGACAGGUGGAUGGUUCCCACAGGGAACCCUCAUUUCUCCAGCGAUACCGAAAUCCUUUGGGUAUGUUGGUCAGGCUGUGACAAGCAGGUAUUUUCCUGCUCCCUGCACUGGGGCCAGGGACAGUGAUUUAAGGACUAAUCCGCCUCUGGGAGGAGGGAAAUGCAGGGUAACACAGGAUGGAGCAGCACUUCGCAGUGGGAAUGGGGGUGUUUUGGGAUUAGGAGUUCACCAGCUCAUGCUUCUCUGUGGCCUCCACACCUUGGGCUGCAAGAGGCCCCUGGGAACAGUGGGGAAAAGGCAAAGAAAAGGGAGGGAUAUCUCCUGGGAGGGCAGAGCAGGGCCCUGGAGUUUUAGAUCCAGAAACAAGGUAUUUCCUCUUCAGUUUUGUCCCAGCCACCAGUUAAAAUACUUUUUACUGAACCAUUGACAAGAAACGAACCUGUAGGGUGAAAAAGAAAAGCAGACAUUAUUCAGUUUCAGAUAAAUGCUGUAAAUUAAUCCCAGCUCUUUUGCAGUUUCCUGGUGUCUCCCCCUGUUCUUUGUACCAAGUCAUUUUGGGAGGUAUAGCGGAUUUGUCUUUACAAACAACCCGUGGGUCUACUGAGAAAUAAAAGAAACAAUGGGAAGGAUUCCACUGAUUGAUGAAUGGAAAUAGAUAUUUGCUUUUACAAAUAAACUUUAGGUCUGCUGAUAAGUAAAAUUAGACAUUGAAAGAUGAAAGAAACAAUGGGGAAGAAAAAACCCUGAAUUCCAUAAGAAUUAAAAAUGAAAAGGGAGGGUUAUACAUUAGAGGGAAAUCUUUGGUAUCAGGCAUAUUGAGGAGUCUGUAGCUCUCAAGUACCUCAGACAGUGAGGAAAGAGAGAAGGGAAAUAUGGCAGAGAAAUUAAGAUAAAAAGGGAGGCUGCAUCCUCCAAAAAUUUGAGAGAUCCCAGGGGAAUGCCCCAUGGCCUCUCCCUUUAUUCAGAUAAAGUAAAAGGACUCCUCUGUCUCCUUUUUGGACAUAAACCUCUGGUGUCUGUGGAUUAGUUUUCCUAACAAUUUCCUGCUGAGAAAUGUGAGCUGCUAUGGUAACUGAAGUACAACACAUGCACAUCCUAUGAGGGGCUGCCUGACAUGGAAGUAUCAGCUCAGGCUGAAGCUCCAGGAGCUCCUGGUGCCUGUGGAAUGUCCCCAUUUCACUUCUCCCGUGGGGCUGGGAGCAGCGAUUUCAAAAGCCCCAGCAUGCAGAGAGUAGAACAGACUCAGAUAAAUUUGGCUUCCUGGGGCAGCCCAGCUGAGCCUGGGCACCCAGGAGUGCCUGUGAUGCAGUCAGCCCAGUCUGCUGAUGCUUGGAGCACAGCAGACUGUGGAGGCAGCUGGAAGCAACUCUGGUUAAAGAUGUUUUUGGUAUGCUGAAAGAUUGGGCCUAUGCCAUUCCUAUGGCAAUUUGUGUCUUCUUUUCUUAGUGCAAUGACUGAAGGCACUAACCUUGCUCUUUCCCAAGAGCAUAAGGGGAAAAAAACCUAAAACUUGAUCCUGUGGAGUGUUCAGAUUGCUUAUUGUUGAGGUAGCAGCUAUUUGCUGCAAAAGGUAAAGAGCACGCAUAGCAGAGUUGUGUGCAUUUCUUCACAGCUCUGAUACUGCACAAAAGGAGGUCAAUAUCCUUUCAUCUAUUAGAAGUUCAGAUUUCAGCUGUAACACUCCGUGCUGUCUUAUUUCAGCAAUUAUUUCUUCCAUUUUCCUAUGACCUUUGCAAGUAAAAAUAUCUACAUGCACUAUAAGCAGGACUGCAAGUACAAAAAGGUUUUGGAUUUUAUGUGCGUUUAAAAUUCCCAUCUGUUCUGUAAUUCUUUUCAAUCUACUUGUUUUCUAGUUGUAAAAGUAAUUAUGCUCAUCAUUUCUUCCCGAGAAUUUCAGUGGUGAAAAUGAAAGGAUGAACUUUUUUGAUUAAUACCUUCCAUCAUUUUUGACAAGCAAUGCUUUUGAAAUGAGCAUUUUGAUAGGGCUGCACUCAAAUAAUUUGGCUCUUUGAAGGCAUAAAAGAAAUCUAACCUGGAAACACUCUUUUCACCUACACAGGCCUCUGGUUCUGUGAGCCCAGUCCUUGAGGAAAGAGCUGCCUCUGCUCAUUCUGAUGCUCCAUCCUUCCUUGGAGGUGGGUGGAUUGAGAGGGGAGAAGUUCCCAGCUGCAUUCCCACCUACUUUCAGCCCUCUCCUCCAGUGAGGUUUGUGCCAUGUCUUGGCUGUGCUCUUCUCUGAAUGGCACAACCCUUUGACCAGGUAUUUGGAGCCUGAAGUCCCAGAUGGGAAAUUUUUUAAAUUUCCCAUCUGACCUGGGCAGAUUUUCAUCACUGGCAGAAAACAUUACAGCAAGGAGUGUGUCACACCAAAUAUUUUUCCCUAGCUGCAGUGAGUACCUUCUCCUGCAAUUGUUAAUUAUUUCAAAAUAUAAUAGUUUCUUUUUAAAAUGGAAAAGAAAGCCUCUGGGAAACUAGCAUUGCAAUAAUUUGUCUUGGGUGUCAGGUAAUUAUAUUCUGUGACCAUUAAAGAAAAAAAAUCCAGAUUUGCAAACAGACACUGGGUUAUUUAAUUACUAAAAAUGAAAUAAACACUAAAAAAAACCAAUCAAACAAAAAAAAAACCCAAAAACCACCCCACCAAAAACCCUCUAAAAUCCCCCAAAACCCCAGGAAGUAGCAAAAAAUUGUUACAGACAGUCUGUCAUUUGUUCAGGUUUUGGUCCAAGUGAAUGGUAUCUAUUUCUCAUUUCUGAUUCACUAUUCAGUCAGUUAACUAGAGAAUACAGAUACUUGUUUGCCCAGCUGGUGUAUUUCACUUUGGCAGAAAUAAAAAGAGCAGGUGGUUUCUUUUUUAAACAUGACUAAUUUAAAUUUAAUUUUAAACAUGACAUGAUUAAUAAACAUAAAUUUUACUGCAGGGAUGGUCAUAUAGAGAAGAUAUAUGUUUUUCCAGGAAUGAUAUUAAUUUUAGUAUUCUACUAAAAAUAAAAUAGGGUACUUUUUGGUAACUGGUUGUAUUGUUCUUCAGGGUUCUUUUUUUGCUGGUUAUUUACUAAGCUGUAAUUUCACUCUGAUCAUCCGAGAUAUAAAAAAUUGCUGAUACAAAAAAAUAGUUUGAAAAAAAUGUUUGUGUUGCAAAGUGUAAAUAUUCCGCAUAUUUCAUAUGCUGUGGAUCAAGAGGUAUUUUGAAGGUAAACAUGGAGGGUAGAUCAAAAGACAACAUGAAGGGCCUGGUUGUAGAUUACACAUUCAAACACUCCUCAGUAAUGAGAAUUGUUGGGAUUAACAACUUUGAUUUGCACUGGGAGAUCAGCAAGCUGGAGCCCUAAGGACACACGAGCUGAUGAGAGUGGAAACUUUUUGAUAAAAUUGAUGUCACAAACACUGAACAAGCUGAAACUGGCAAGACAGAGGCAGAAUGAAUAUGGACCAAGGAACCAAUCCCAAGAAUGGGAUAACUUCGGAAAGGAGGCCAGCCCAGUGACCAAAAAAAAUCAAUGAGACAUCAAGGGACCAUCAGCAAGGUUUAAAUUAUUGUGUUUGGGGACUGGAAGAUGGGUGGCAUAGAUAUAAUUUGGGUUGCAGUCUGCUCUAGGGGGCCCCUCUUUGCAGACACUGAGCUCUAUCUGCUCUGCACACUGGAUAAUAAAACUUUUUACUCAGUGAACUGGAAACUCAUCUUCAAAGAGGAACCUAGGGCAGGAGAAUUGUUUGAGGGGGCUUCUGCUUUGUUCCUCCAUGGUUUGGUGGCAGCAGCAAUAACACCUUUCCCACCAGGGUGAUCUAUUUGAGCACUGCCCUCACUCUGCUGGGUGAUCUCAUCUGAGUAGGGUGUCUUUAAGAGUUCAAAGGGAACUGCUCUGAAAGACAUAGGAAAGGACACUAAAGAAUGUGAAUUAUGGAAGAAUAAGCUGUCAUGAUUUUAUACUCACAAUAUUUGCAUCAGUGGUUUUGAAGGUUCAUCCUCUUCUGGCAUGAAAUUUUUAAGAUUUGUUAUUUUUGCUGAAUUUAAAUCCCACUACCUUUACCUUUGAUGAAAAGAUCAAGUUAAAAAAGUUUCCAUGGUGGUAGCUCUUUGUCAGUUGAAAGACUUGGUUCUCAGCACUGCUAGAAAAACUAGAGUUAUGUUACAAUCAGACCUGAUGGCAAAUGCUAUGUUCACAUCAUAGCCCCUAACAUUGCAUUGUCAUUCUUACUGAAAUUGAAAGAAGUAAUCAGCAAUAUUUUAUUUACUAUUUAGUGAAGAGUUUCCUAGGCCUAGAAACAACUAUUAAAAAAUCCUCAGAAUUUCUGUGGUGGCUCCUAAUGAAAUGUGCAAAGCAGAGCACACAGAAGGAAAAGCAAAAUAACCCUUCUGAGCUGGGAAGCCAAAAGUCAUCCCUGAGCUCCUGCUUUAAAUCAGGGGGCAGGGCUAUCCCAUGGCACCUGUGGUUUGAGCUGGGAUUUUUUCACAUGGCUGAUUACGUACAGAAUGGCCACUGACAAAUUUUUCUGGUGACCAUCUUAAACUGUGAAAAUAUGAACACGUCUCUGUGCUUUUCUAGUGAUCCAGGAAAGCUUGAAAACACCUAGACAGGAAUAUGUAAUGGUUUAUUAAUCUUUUAAGGCAUUAGACAUAUAAGGCACGCAGAAUAAGCAACCUGUGUUUCAGUUUGCACUUAGCAUUUGGAGAGAUAGCAAAACCCCGUUUCAGGCUGAUAAAGAAGAUUUUGGAGAAUGCCUCUUCCCACUGGAUAUCUGAAAUCCGAUCUGAGAAGUCCCCAUAACACUUCAAAUUGAAAUUUGUAUUUAUUAGGUAUAGGUGACAGAUUUAUGAGAGACCUGGUGUCUGUCUCAUUACCUGUUCUACCAAAGAACAUGCAAGUCAGCACUAGAAAGUUCACUUUUUUCAUUCUGUGGUCCCGGUAUGAAUUAUGUUCAGAAGUUCAAAAUAUAUAAGUGGAAUUUAGGAUUAAUGAGAUCCGGUUUGGAAGUGAUAAUGGCUUUGAUCUGCAUCUAUGGUGGCAUGUAAUUAUCCAAGAACGAGAGGGAGUGACUGAGAAAGCCUGCAGUUUGAGCCUAAUUAGCAGCUAUGUGAGGAGGUCUGGUAGCUGACAAAGUCAGUGCAGUGUCUAGUUUCUUAGUGUUUCAAAGUUUUAUUAUAUUUAGUUUAGUUCUAUUAUAUUAGAUUAAUAUAGAAAAUGUCAGGAAAAAAGAUAAUCAUCCCGUGUUUUCUUAGUUGAAAUGGGAACCCAUAGCUGUCAUGGAAAGAAACUGGGCAAGUUACUGUAAAAAGAAAAAAAAACAAAUUCAUGAUCAGGAAGAUUGUAAAGACAAAAGGUGAAGAUAAAGGAGAUUUUAGAAAGUGCUUCUGAGGUGUACUGGUCACUGGGCUAUUUGCAAGAGUUUAAGGUAAAUGCUACUUAUCGCCUCAUAAAUU